GACGGUCAUAACGUUAGGGCUACUAUUGUAAUAAACUAUCCUAACUUCCUACGGACAGCGCGAUACGUGAACGGUUUAACUUGAGUCAAACUGCAGUCGUAAGUUAUGCAGCUUCGUCACUUGUGCACUCUGUUACCCGCUAAUGGGGGCACCACCUCGGGGAGGGUUCACGAUGGCAAGAUUACAGCUAUUUGCUAUUCGCCGAAUAACCGCAAGCUGGCAGUGUGUGGCAUGGACCGAGUCGUGCGACUCUUUGACGACCAAGGGGAUCCCGUUGACAAAUUUUCCACGAAGCCGGCAGAUAAGGGUCCCAAAACAUAUGUUGUGAGGGCCAUGCACUUCUCUCCAGACUCUUCCAAGCUAGCCAUUGCCCAGAGCGAUAACAUCGUUUUUGUGUACAAACUUGGAUUAGAAUGGGGGGAUAAAAAAUCUAUCUGUAACAAGUACGGACUUGCAGAAGGCAAGGUCAAAGUUGGCCAGCUUCGUACCAAUAAACCGGCAACUUUGUACACUACAGAUUCAUAUGCUGGAGGUGGUCUUGUCAAUACAAAAAUAGCUCAUCAUUCGCCCUCUUUCCGUGUCAUGUGUGUACCGUAUGCACUUGCCUGGGGGCACUCGAUCGUCGUUGGUGGGAACGACGGCACAGUGGUGUUUUACGACGAUCAGGGGGGGAUCGAAAAAAGGUUUGAUUACUCAGACUCGCCUCGUGGCGGUGAUGCCGAGCCCAAUCCGAAGGGUAGCUGUUUCUGUGGUGAGUUUACAAUUGCCGCAUUUAAUCCCACUGGCGAGACCGUGGUGCUUGGCAAUUGGAAUUCAUUUUACACCUACACAUACAAGCAACGACAAGAUUUGUGGGAGGAGAUAGGACCCAAGGUGAUCGAGAAUCUCUACGCGGUAACAUCAGUAGCUUGGAAAAACGAUGGCACUCGACUAGCCAUUGGAUCUCUGUUUGGUUCUCUUGAUCUUUAUGAUGCUUGUGUGCGGCGAUAUCGUUACAAGGGUAAGUUUGAGUUCACAUAUUCCUCGCUUUCUCAAGUGAUUGUCAAGCGUCUUGAAACGGGCACUCGCAUUGUGCUCAAAUCUCUUUAUGGAUGUGAGAUAACUAAGAUCAAUAUCUUUCAAGACCGCUACGUGGUUGCAAACACUACGGAUCACGGCACGUCGACUGAAACUUUGCUACUCGGUGAUCUAGCCACCUACAAACUCUCCGAAAUAUCUUGGUCAAAUGGAGGAAACGAAAAAUUUGUGUUUGAUAAUCCAGUCUGCUGUAUUGUGUAUCAUGCUGGGGAAUUGGCUCUCGUCGAGUAUGGUUGCAAUGAAGCACUUGGAACUGUGCGCACCGACCACAUCUCGGGUCACCUUCUUUCAGUGAGAAUAAAUGAACGCCCUAACCCAACGGAUGGCAAUCCGCCUUUGGAUGACGAGCGUGAACGAUCAAGCUGGCCGGAUAAUAAGAAAAUUGCAUACUUGCUGGAUGCACAGACUAUCAAUAUCAAAGAUCUUGUGACUGGGAGUUCAACGACAGUGUCCCAAGACUCCAAAAUUGACUGGCUUGAGUUGAAUGGGCGGGCUUCCUUGCUCCUUUUCAGAGACCGGCGUCGUCAGCUACACUUAUAUGAUAUUGAAACACAAACACGGACCACGCUCUUAAACUACUGCACCUAUGUCCAGUGGGUUCCCGACUCUGACGUGGUUGUUGCGCAAAACCGCAACAACUUGUGUGUAUGGUAUAAUAUUCAUACUCCUGACCAAGUUACUGUUCACCAGAUCAAGGGCGAUGUUGAAGACAUAGAGCGCAUCAACGGUCGUACAGAGGUAAUAGUUGACGAACAACUUUCAACGGCAUCCUACUUGCUCGACGAGGCUCUCAUCCAAUUUGGUACCGCUAUUGAUGAUCGUGCCUAUGAGCGUGCUGCAGACAUUCUUGAGUUAUUGGAGCUCUCACCAGAGGCUGAAGGCAUGUGGAAAAAACUCGAGGAAAUGGCACUUUUGGGUGGGAAUUUACUCAUUGCGGAGCGUUGUGCAGCCGCUCUGGGGAACGUUGGCCGCGCUCGAUAUUUGCACAAGCUCAAUAAACUCAUCAUCGAAAGUGCUAUGGGGCCAGACUACUUCCUGGUGCGAGCAAGGCAUGCCUUGCUUCGAAAAGAUGCAAAGGAAGCGGAGACUAUUCUGUUAGUUCAAGGGAAAACUGACGAAGCUAUCCAAAUGCAUCAGCAGCUGCACAACUUUGAUCGUGCCGUGGCAAUUGCAGAAGAGCGAUCGCACCCAGAUGCUAAUUCAAUGCGGCAGGAUCAUUUCCAAUACCUUCUAGAUUCAAAUCAGGCGGCAAAGGCCGCGCAACUAAAGGAAAUGGAAGGCGAUUUCCUCCAGGCUAUCGAAUUGUACCUAAGAGGCGGAAUGCCCGGGCGUGCUGCACGGCUCGUCAAGCAGCAUGGUAUUAACAAUCCACCAUCCAUCUUGGAACGUGUUUCAGCAUCUCUCACGGCUGGUGGGCUGCAUGAACAGGCGGGCGAGUUUUAUGAACGUAUGGACCAGCUACAGCGUGCCAUGGACGCAUACUUGAAGGGUGCCUCAUUUCGCAAAGCUGUGGAGCUUGCGCGGAAACAUUUCCCGGGGCGAGUCGUUGAGCUACAAGAAUUAUGGGGCGAUUAUCUUUUUGAGCAUAAUCAAGUUGAGAUGGCUAUCAAUCAUUACAUCGAAGCAUCCAUGUCCUCUAAAGCAAUCGAUGCUGCGCUUAGUGCCCGGCAAUGGACGAAAGCAGCGCAGAUGUUAGAGAACGUCGACUUGGAUAUAGCUCAGCCCUAUCUUCGCCGCCUAGCUCGCCACUACGAAGAUUCUAACGACACGAGCGAAGCUGAGCGAUUUUAUGUGGCAGCUGGUGCACCAGAUAAGGCCGUUGAAAUGUACACUCGAGCAAAUUUGUGGGAUCGGGCCCACAAAAUAGCUUCGUCCUACAUGGAACCUCGGGAGGUCAGUUUGUUGUACAUAUCGCAUGCGCAAAAGCUUGAGGCAGAAGGCAACCUGAAAGAUGCUGAACAGCUCUAUCUGACAGUCGAUGAGCCAGAUUUAGCCAUAAAUAUGUAUAAAAAGCAACGAAAAUACGAUGCGAUGGUGCAACUUGUUGAAAAGCAUCGACGAGAGCUCCUAAAAGAGACCCAUCAGUAUCUUGCGCAGCAUCUGGAGUCAGAGGGAAGUUUACGCGAUGCUGAGCACCACUACUGUGAAGCUGCUCCAUGGUGGUCAAAGCGCGUAGCUUAUGCGUGGGCACUUUCGCUGGGUGGUGAUGCGGGGGCCAAAUUGCUUACUAAACAGGGUCUGAUUGAGCCGGCCAUUGACUAUGCAAUAGAGUCGGGAGCAUUUGAUCAUGCAUUUGAGCUAGCUCGCUCCGCGUGUCCAGGGAAAUUGCCUGACGUUCAUUUGAAACAUGCGCUUUACCUUGAGGACGAAGAGCGCUACAAGGAGGCAGAAGCAGAAUUCAUCCAGGCAAACAAACCGCGUGAAGCAAUAGAUAUGUACAUACAUCAACAAGCAUGGGCUGAAGCACUUGCGGUCGCUAACAAGUAUGAUCCAUCAGCCUCGCCAGAUGUCUAUGUGUCUCACGCGCGCGCUGAAGCUGACGCGGGCCAACACCAACACGCAGAAGAGUUAUUCAUGCUGGCGGCAAAGCCCGAACUUGCCCUUUCGAUGUACCGCGAUGCAGGUAUGUGGACAGAGGCCCUGGCUCUUGCGCAGCGCCACUUACCCCAUCAGCUUGCCGAAGUUUCCCUGGCUUACUCACAAGCCGAAGCGCAGCGUGGCACUGGAGGUACUAAGGUAGACUUUUUGAGCGCUGGGCAACAAUGGGAACAGCAAAAACAGUGGGGCCGCGCUAUUGAGGCCUACUUGAAUGCCCGUCCGGGACUCCUUGAAGAUCCGAAAGAGUUGGAGGAAAUAUGGGAGUGCGCCAUCGAUGUUGCACGCCGGCAUAUGUCACCAGAAAAGCUUCGUGAUAUUGUGACUAAUGUGACGCUGAAGCUAAGGGAGAUUGGUCGACAUGAGGCAGCGUCCGAAUUGCUGCGUGAAUUGAACGACAUAGAUGGUGCGGUAAGGUGUGCGAUGGAAGGGCGGUGCUGGGCAAAGGCCCGUGAACUGGCCAUAGGUUCUAGCACGUUGGAGGCGGAAGUCGAUGCUGCUUAUCAAUCUGCAUUGCGAUCGGCCGAAGACACCGAUGGACUACUUGAGCUUGGGCACAGGACGGCAGCUCUAGAUGUUCUCGCGGAUCGCAAGGAGUGGGAUCGACUAUGGCAGAUGGCAGAUCGAGAACAAAUCCACUUCUCCGUCCGUGCAAAGUAUGCUGGAUUGCAAGCUGCACAAAUCGUCGCUUCCAAGGGCGAUUUAAUUCAGGCCGUGCGGACUCUCAAGCAACACGGGGCCCCACCGCCCGGACCCAACAUUCAGAUGUAUCGUGACCUAGUCAUGGCCGUGUUGGGCCAAAAUCACGCAAACCCUCCGGAGCAGGAUGCCCAUAUAAACUCAGUAUCAGAGCUUCGAGAUAUUCUUUUUAGCCUUGGUUCUUCUCAUCAAGGGACACAGCACGAUGCGCUUGGUAUCUCAGGCGCAAAUGGCUUCGAGCAGCUACUCAUGACUACCCAUUUUUAUAAUUUAUAUCUUAUCUGCACAAAGCAUGGAUUGAAAGACAUAGCACUAAAAGUAUCCAUUACAUUAAUUCGAUACUCAGGAUUGAUUCCAAUCGAUAAAGCAUUUCAUCAAGCUGGAAUCAUGGCACGGGACCAAGGACAUGAUAAUUUAGCCUUUGUGCUCUUGAAUCGUUACAUAGAUCUCACCGAAGCCAUCGAAGAGGGCAGUAUCGACAACAUCGAUAAUGCUGACUUCGCAGAUGCAACCAAUGUGCCUUUCCCGUUUGAGUUGCCUCUACAGCAGUAUCUUCCCCGAGAAGACGAUCGCGAAGAGAUAAGGGAUUGGGUGUUGUCUAUAUGCGUGGAUAAAGCUGUCGAUCAGCAGUUACCUGCAAAGCAGCAAGCAGCGGGAACUGUACAUGCUGGACUUUAUGCCUCUGAUCUGCCCACGUGUAUUGUCACUGGAUAUCCAGUUCAAAAGUGGGAGUUGUUGAAUGUCAAUAACUCAAUCGCCAAUAAGGUCGAUUGGAAUCAGUAUGUGCGGAAAGUGAAGAAAUGGCCCUCUCUACUAGCACGAAUUAUGAAGGGGAUAAUGAAGCCUGUAUUAACAGGGGAUAAUGGUGAUCAAGCGGCGAAUAUCUCGAAUAUCUUGGCAUGUGAAGACCACCCGGGCCCGUUCACGGUCGGACCCCCUGAGCCCCUGGGAUUGAUUCCUAGAUGGCCCUGGUGGGGGUGUAUAUAUUUACAUAGCGCAAACGAGCGAAGCGAGUGA